GAUCUGUCCUUGACUCCAAUGGCGUUCCAGGCAUCGAUCCUCCUCUGCUUGCUUGUCUUGUUACCGCGCGUAGACAUGUCGUCCACGCCGAACCGUGGCGUCCGUCUUGAGCUCACUCACGCCGACGACCGCGGCGGCUAUGCGGGGGCUGAGCGCGUCCGCCGCGCCGCCGACCGGACCCACCGCCGCGUGAACGGCCUCCUCGGAUCGGUUGAUGAGCCGUCAACGGGAAAGCUGCGCAGCGACGGUGCCGCAGCGAACGUGCACGCCAGCACGGCGACGUACCUCGUCGAUGUCGCCAUCGGCACGCCGCCGCUCCCGCUGACCGCGGUGCUCGACACGGGGAGCGACCUCGUCUGGACGCAGUGCGACGCGCCGUGCCGGACGUGCUUCCCGCAGCCGUCGCCGCUGUACGUGCCGGGCAGGUCGGCGACGUACGCCAACGUGUCGUGCCGCUCGCCGAUGUGCCAGGCGCUCCAGAGCCCCUGGUCCCGCUGCUCGGCGCCGGACCCGAGCUGCCCGUACUACUUCUCCUACGGCGACGGCACCUCCACCGACGGCGUCCUCGCCACCGAGACGUUCACGCUCGGGUCGGAUACCACCGUGCGCGGCGUCGCCUUUGGGUGCGGGACGGAGAACCUCGGCGGCACGGACAACUCCUCCGGCCUGGUCGGAAUGGGGCGAGGCCCGCUGUCGCUGGUGUCUCAGCUCGGCGUCACCAGGUUCUCCUACUGCUUCACGCCCUUCAACGCCACCGCGGCGAGCCCGCUCUUCUUGGGCUCGUCGGCGCGCCUCUCGUCCUCAGCCAAGACCACGCCGUUCGCGCCGAACCCGAGCGGCGCGCGGCGGAGGAGCUCGUACUACUACCUCUCCCUGGAAGGGAUCACCGUCGGCGACACCAUGCUCCCGAUCGACCCAUCCGUCUUCCAGCUGACGCCGAUGGGCAACGGCGGGCUGAUUAUCGACUCCGGCACGACGUUCACCGCGCUGGAGGAGCGCGCGUUCGUGGCGCUGGCGCGCGCGGUCGCCGCGCGCGUGCGGCUGCCCCUGGCGAGCGGCGCCCACCUCGGCCUCAGCCUCUGCUUCGCGGCGGCCGCGCCGGAGGCCGUGGACGUGCCGCGGCUGGUGCUCCACUUCGACGGCGCCGACAUGGAGCUCCCCCGGGAGAGCUACGUGGUGGAGGACCCGAGCGCCGGCGUGUUGUGCCUCGGUAUGGUGAGCGCGCGGGGGAUGUCGGUGCUCGGCAGCAUGCAGCAGCAGAACAUGCACGUCCUGUACGACCUCCGGCGAGGCUUGCUGUCGUUCGAGCCUGCCAAAUGCGGCGAUCUUUAA